GGACCGAAGUCAGACGAUCUGAUCCGCCACGAGAACGCCCACCCCGACCCGGUCGCCAACUCGCCACCAUGCCCGCGCUCCUCCCGUCGUCUUUGACUCUUUCCCCUUUCCUCAAGCCUCCUUCCCCAACCCGAAGCCCCACCGCCUCGCCGCAGCCGCCACCACGAGUCCCGAGUCACCCAACGCGGCCCCCAAUCCCGGCAGCGUCCGCCUCCGCCGCCUCAUUGCCCGUGAGGACCUCGCCGGUGUCGCGCACCUCGUAGAGCGCUCCGUCUCCCGCGACGGGAGGCCCCCGACGUCUACCUCUGCACCAAGCUCAUCCGCAACCUCUGCCGCCGGGGCCGCACUCCCGACGCCGCCCGCGUGCUCCUCACCGCCGAGGGCUCCGGGUCCCCCGUCGACGUCUUCGCCUACAACACCCUCGUCACGGGUUACUGUCGGUACGACCACCUCGACACCGCGCGCAGGCUCAUAGGGUCCGUGCCCGUCGCGCCAGAUGCCUAAACGUACACGCCACUGAUCCGUGGGCUAUGCGACAGCGGCAGACCGGUAGGGUCGCCGACGCGCUCAGCCUGCUCGACGAUAUGCUCCUCUGCGGGUACCAGCCCAACGUCGUACGCUACAUUGUGCUCCAGGAGGCCAUGUGCAAGAACAGUGGGUUCGAGCAGGCCAUGGCAGUCCUUGACGAGUUGCUUGCGAAGGGAUGCACACCCAACAUCGUCAUGUACAAUGUCAUCACCAAUGACGUGUUCAGGGAAGGCUGCGUUGAUGAUGCCAGGGAGAUCUUGAAUAGAUUGUCCUCUUACGGUUACGGGUUCCAGACCAACACUGUUAGCUAUACCACCCUCCUGAAGGGCUUAUGCGCUUCUAAGCGGUGGGAUGACAUUUUGGAGUUCUUUGUCGAGAUGAUGGAGAAGAACUGCAUGCCAAACGAGGUGACAUUUGACAUGCUAAUCAUAUUCUUUUGUCGAGUAGGUUCCUACGGGUGCAAUCCAGAUACCAUUAGCUAUACCACGGUCCUAAAGGGCUGGUGUCAUGCUGAGCGAUGGAAUGAUGCCAACGAACUUUUGUAAGAGAUGGCAUGUAACAAUUACUACCCUCCAAACGAGGUAACAUUCAAUACAUUUAUCUGCAUCUUGUGCCAAAAGGGGUUGAUCGAGCAAGCUAUUAUGGUUACUGAGAAAAUGUCCGAGCAUGGCUAUAUAGUGGGUGUUGUCACAUACAAUGCUCUUGUAAAUGGAUUCUGUGAGCAAGGUCAUAUUGACAGUGCCCUAGAACUGUUUCGCAGCAUGCUCUGCAAACCCAAUACCAUCACACACUACUUUGCUGACAGGCUUGUGCAAUGCUAAAUAGUUAGAUGCUGCUGCAGAUCUCGUAGCUGAAAUGCUUCGUAGGUAUUACCCUCCGAGUGACUUUCAAUAUGAUGUACUUGCGAGUUUUUUCUGCCAAAAAGGAUUUCUUGAGCAAGCAUUUGAGCUCGUUGAGCAGAUGAUGGAGCAUGGUCGCACCCCCUAACCUGAUCAGAUAUAAUACAUCACUUGAUGGGAUUACCAAGGGUUGUAGUUCAGAAGAUACCUUGGAGUUGUUGCAUGGCUUGGUCAUCAAGGGAGUAUCGCCAGAUGUCAACAUUUUCUUCAAUCAUCGGUAUCCUCUCAAAAGAAGAUAGAGUGGAAGAGGUCAUUCAAAUGUUAUCUCUCAAAAGAAGAUAGAGUCGAAGAGGUCAUUCAAAUGUUUCACGUAGUGCAAGAUAUUGGAAUGAGACACAAAGUUGUGGUGUAUAACAGGAUACUACAUGGUCUCUAUAGAAGAUGUGAAAUAGAUAAUGCUAUCAACUUUUUUCCUAUAUGGUAUUCAAUGGAUGCAUGCCCAAUGAAUCAACCUAUAUUAUACUUAUUGAAGGCCUUGAUCAUGAGGGUUUGUUGAAGGAGGCCCAAGAUCUACUGAGCGUGUUGUGUUCAAGAGGAGUUGUAAGCAAAGACUUAAUAGAAGAGUAACACUAAGGUUGACGACCAAACUGUGCAUACCCUUUGGGUCCUGAAAAUCCUGGCAUUAAAUGCUUAUUCGUUAUUCACAGUGAGUCGAUUGAUAGCCUCGUGUCAUUCAAGGUGCAGUGUUUCAUGUAGAUGGUUGUUUGAGGGCCCAUAACAUCUCGUACGAAGGAAUCUUGACAAUGAACCUCAUUUAGAAGAGUCGACCAAUGAGACCAAGAGACAAAUCUGGAGUGAAGCACAAGAAAACAAGAUUGGUGCUCAUCAUGGUUAUUAAAACGGUAAAACCUUAAAACGUUAUGAACCAACUUUUUAACAUUUAAACGUUUAAACGAACGUUGAAACGUCUUUUCAGACUUCACAUAGAAGUUCAAAUAUAAAAUAAGUUCAUACAUAAGUUGAGUACUUGAGUUCACAAACCAAAUUGAAAUUCACUGUGAGCAAUAUGGUUGCACAAUCAGUAGUUCAGUACUCACCAAUAUGGUUGAGCAAAUAGAGAUUGACUGAUUCACUGUGAGCAAAAUCAGUACUCACCAAAUGAUCAAAUGGAGAGCAGUGGAGGUGGAGGAUGGCUGGCUGCUAGUGCUGGUCUUGGGCGCUGGCAGAGUGGAGCCGCAGAGGAUGGCUGGCUGGUUGCUGGUCUUGGGUGCAGAUCUGCUGUGGGGUAGGCGGCCAGCGGUGGUGCAGGUCUGCUGUGCCUCCACGGCCGGCGGUCAGCUGUGCCUCCACGGUCAGCGGCCGGCUUUGCCUCCGCGGCUGAGGAGAGGAGAGACGCGCCGGAGAUGUUGGAGGAUAGGAGGGAGGAGGGCGGUGGCGCCAGCUGAGCCGUUGGAGCCAGGAGAGGAGAGACCGAGAGAGGAGGGCGACGGCCGGCUGAGCUGUUGGAGGAGAGGAGAGACCGAGAGAGGAGGGCGGCGGCCAGCUGAGCCGUUGGAGGAGAGGAGAGAGGAGGGUGGCGUGCGUCCAACACCUAGAGGAAAACCUAAAGGCCCAGGAAAGGCCCAGAACGGGUAGAACGUCCUCAGCACGCAUAAAACGUCCUAAAACGCGAUUAGGACGCUUAAGCGACGCUUAAACGCUCGAAACGGACGUUCUACGCGGCUUACCUAAAACGCUUGGACGUUCCAACUGCUAAUCACGUUUUAACGCUUAAACGACGCUUAAACGACGUUUAAGCGACGUUUUAAUAACAAUGGUGCUCAUAGAUUUCAUACUGUCGCAGUAACGAACACAAUCAACAUUUUCUUAGCUGACACUUGCUAAACUGCCAGCAUUGUGCUUACAAUGAUUGUGUUUUUUCUUUCAUGUGGAAUUGACAUUUCACAUGUGUGCGGUUGCUUUUCCGUUCAUUGAAGAAUGCAGAUA